UGCGCGGGUACUCUGCACGCGGGCUGCAACUACAUUGUAGUGGCUACACCAAGGCAAGUUAGAUUUACAGUCAAUCAAUCUCGUUUUGCGUCUAAACUCAACAAAAAUGGCAGAUGCACAAGAGGACAAGCUUUACAAAGCUGAAUAUGCCAAAAGUGGACGUGCUUCGUGCAAGAAAUGCAAGGAAAACAUUGCAAAGGAUUCGCUGCGGAUGGCUAUCAUGGUGCAGGUAACGUAGCUAGAGCGUCUUGUUCUUUCCGAGAACUGCGGAAGAGUGGACAAUCUCAGAAUCACUAAGAAUCACUUUUAUACGGUUAUGUUGUUGAUUCUGCACGAAAAAGCCCAUUAUUGAUAUGUUGUGGAUUUCCUUUACGAAUACAGCAUGUUUGUGUUGUGUUGAUAGAACUCAUUCGCGUUUAAAUGGCUUCUGAAGGCUUGAGUGAGAAAGGGCUUUGAUACCUUCGCACCAGUAGCGCAUUCCUUUUUCAAUUAUAUGACUCGGGCAUACAUAGAUGUGGUAAUUGGGAUGCAGGCCGUGGGGAAUAGAAGGAAGCCGAAUUGUCGCACGAUAAACAAAUCUGAUCUAACAAAGUGGAUAUUCGUAAAAUUCGUCAUGAUUGAUGUAUUGUAUCAGGCCCACAAUGUGGUUACUAAUGUCCGAUUAGGAAAUAUUUGGCGCUCUUACUGUUGAAAAUCGUUUUGAAUUGUCAUCCAAGAUCCAACUCGGAAUUCCAUGCUGGGAACUCGGUGCAUCUUUCUAGAACUCCGACUUUCCGACCAGAUUAUCACUGACAUCAUGAUUUGACCUCGUUUUUUCCGAGUUCCUAGUUGUCUUGAAUGCACCAUAUGUCACCAUGACCCAUUUCCAAAUUAGCUCGGGGAAAACUUUAGCUACAGCGCUGAGUGCAGCCUAAUACAUUAUUAUUUGUGUUAAUGACUGUUUAGGUACCUGUAAUCUAUACAAUUUCUGAGACUUGUGUGAAUUUUGCCAAGAAUGUCACAUGAACCAAUGUUUAUACUUCACAAGCGUAAUAAGUGACGUAGCUUGCUAGAUAAGAUGGCAAGUGUGGCUGCUGGUGACCACCGUUUUUUGUCACCCUGAGUCAUAUGAGCCUAAAACCUGGACUAUAUAUGUACAGUGUAGUUGUGAUUCCACCAGAUGUGUGAUUACCUAACCCACCCUGACCCUUCCAUUAUUUUAUUUUCCCCAGUCACCCAUGUUUGACGGUAAGGUGCCCCACUGGCACCACUUCUCCUGCUUCUGGCUGCGGGCGGCCGCCCAGUCUCCUGCAGACAUCGCUGGAUUCUCUGACCUGCGAUGGGAGGACCAGGAGAAGGUCAAGAAGGCCAUCGAGACUGGGGGAGCCACAGGAGGUCAGCCUUUAAUAAUAAUAAUAAUAAUAUGCCAUUUAGCAGACGCUUUUAUUCAAAGCGACUUACAGUCAUGCGUGCAUAAAUUAUUAUUUUUUGUGUAUGGGUGGUCCCGGGGAUCGAACCCACUACCUUAGCGUUACAAGCGCCGUGCUCUACCAGCUGAGCUACAGAGGACCAUUAACUUUUAAUCAUUAACUUUUCUCCCAGCGUGGAGUCAUCUGUGUACCCCUUUGAUGUCAUUGAAAUGAGACUCCCAAAAAUGUCAUGAUCAUUGACUGGAGGUCAGAGUUCAAAUAACACAUUGGCUUCCCUCUUUCUCACAGGAAAAGGUGAUGUGAAGGGUGGGGCCAAAGGAGAGAAGACUCUGAAUGACUUUGCUGUGGAGUAUGCCAAGUCCAACCGCAGCACAUGUAAAGGGUGUGAGCAGAAAAUUGAAAAGGUGAGGAGUCAUUAUUUAGAUCUGUUUAUUUUUUACAUAGAGAUGAUCUGAUAUACACAUGGCUAUAAAAUGAAGUUACAGUACACCUAUUCCUCAACAUCUGUUCAAUGUAAAAAAAGGUUUUAGAAUAAAGAGAUUAUCAAUGUCCAUAAAUACUUGAAUAGGUACCCGACAUAACCCAAAUAUACACUAUCAUAACAGCCCUGACACCUCUCGUCUGUGCUCCAGGACCAGAUCCGUGUAUCUAAGAAGACGAUUGACCCAGAGAAGCCCCAGCUGGGGUUGAUAGACCGCUGGUACCACACGGCCUGCUUCGUGGGCCGCAGGGAGGAGCUGGUCUUCAAACAAGAGUACAGCGCCGCCCAGCUCAAAGGCUUUAACACACUCAGGGUGGAGGACAAGGAGGAGCUUAAGAGAAGGCUGCCCACCAUCAAAUCUGAAGGGUGAGGCUGUCUAAUGAAGUAAAUAAAGUAGUCUGGUGUAAAUAAAAUAGUCUGGCAUCUACAAACUUUAACUUUACUGGAAUGUACGUAGUGGUGUAUUAACGUUAGUCAGGAGAGGUGUCCCUGAUAUUAUAGCUGUUCUGUUUAUUGUAAAAGACAGUUCUUUGGGCAUAACGACCACCAAAUGGUACAUAAUCCUCACCAGUAGAAAGUUAAGGAGUGGCGAGUCAUACAGUACCAACGGGACUCCGGUCAGGUCCUGUGGGUGGUGGUCCCCCCGCCAUCGCCCCCCUCUUCCCCGUCCCCCAGAGCUCUACAGCAGAGGAAGAUGGCCUUAAAGGUGUUCCGGAAGGUCUUCAUCUUGUAUGCGUACAGGAAGGGGUUAACGGCGGAGUUGGCGUGUGAUAGGAUAAUGGCGGUGAGGAGGAGCUCCAGAGGCAUGGGGCAGCCGGGGCAGAGCAGCAGGAAACAGUUGAUGACGUGCAGCGGUAUCCAGCAGGCAGUGAAGAGGAAGAGGACGAGGAACAGCGACGUGGCCGUCUUCAUCUCCCUCUUCAUGCUGGCCGUCCUGGCCGCCUGCCCCUCCACACCCCCCACGCCGCCCCCGCGCUCUGCUGCGAUGCGCCGUACCUGCCGCUUGACUGUCACAAAGAUCUUUGCAUAGAUGAGGAACAUGACCACCAGGGGCACCAGCACGCAGGCAAAGAAGUUGAAGUAGACCAUGUAGGUCAUGUCCACCACAAACACGAAGAAGCAGUAGCCCGAUUCGGGCGGUGUUUUGUGCCAGCCCAUGAGGGGCACCAGGCCAAUUAGGAAAGCCAGCACCCAGGUCACCAGGAUAACUAGGAUAGCGUUGCGUGGGGUCAUGAGUGUGUGGUAAUGGAAGGGCAGGAAGAUUGCCACGUAGCGCUCCACUGCUACAGCUAGCAGGCUGAAGAUGGAGCUCUGGGUUAGCAUGAUGAGCACACUGAGCAUCAGCAGGCACAGGUAGAGGUUGUGGCGGGGCACGCCAACGCCAGUGAGGAUGGCGCAGGGGAUGGCCAAUGCACCCACGCAGAUGUCGGCUACAGCCAGCGACACUAGGAAGUAGUUGGUGACAGUACGUAGCUUCCUGUUGAGGCCAACAGCAGCACACACCAGCAGGUUACCCACGGUGGAGAGGGUUGCUAUGACGAGUUCAGCCACCAUGUACACUACGUUGGGGGACACCACCAGGUCAGGCGGAGGAGGGGUGGAAGAGAGGAAGGAGGAGGAAGUCCAGAGGGGUUGAAGGUAUGGGGGGAAGGGAGGGAAGGUUGAGUUGUCGAAAGGAAGGGCGGUUGAGAGAUUCAGUGAUGCUGUGAUGUUCUCUGUCAUUUUCCUGAAAUUGAGAAAAAGGGAAGUCAUACUUGCAUACUGUAACAUUGUGAAAAUGGACUUAAAGUGGUUCUGAUUUUAAUUAUUCCUUUAAUUAUUGAUUUGCAUAAAAUGCAGUUUUGGUGAAGAAACGGCUACUUACCAAAUGGUAGCUAUUCAGAAUAAUGAUACACAAAACGAAGAAGGUCCGUCUUGUUUUGUGCCUGUCUCUCUAAUGAAGAGCAGUGUUCGUCAGGAGGACUCAUGAGAAAGGGAAUGCAUCAGUAUUGAUCUGCUGCCAUCUCUACAAAGUACCACCUCUCGCCCAAACACCGCUACUGCUAUGACCACACACAGUCUGAGUGUGUGCACAAGGGAGAGAUGUGUCGUUUUUAUAGAUUCUAUCUGAGAAGGGGCUGGAUGUUUUUUGGUGAUUGUUUCCUGUCCUGUGAGUCAGGUGGUGACCACUAUGGGACGGACAAUGUGUUUAAGGGGCUGUGAUUGCAAGGUGUGUUUAGAGGGACAGGAGAGGCCUCUGGGAAGCUGAUUAAUUUCCCUCCUGAAGGGGAAAUGGUGACCAGAGGGAAGGGGAGAGGGUGACGGGGUGACAUCCUAAUCACCCACAGAGUCACAGGGACGUGUAGUAACUUGAAUCAUCUCCCGAGUCAGGGUGAUGUGCGUCUCCACCGGUGGCAGGACACUAAUGAAUCUCCCUGAUUAAUGAAGGUGUCAGGCUUGUUUUGACUAACCUUGGAUAAGGCUCUGCUCCCAACGGGCCUCAUUUACAAAGUUAAUGGGGAAGUCAGUGCCUGUCAAGUUCCUUCAGGAAGUUUUCAACAGCAAAACUUUCUCUUGAAGGAUGAAUUACAGAAUGGUGUUGUGAUUUGAAAUGUUACUUGUAAAUGUUUUACUUGGUGGAUAAAUUGGUUCCUGCAUAGAGAAUGUAAACGACUAAUUUCUCUUCCCUGUUUUUCCCUCAGAAAGAGAAAGACUGACGAGGUAGAUGGAGAGGGGGCGUCGAAGAAGAAGAAGAAGGAGGAGAAGAAAGUGGAGCUGCAGAUGAAGGUUCACUCCCGAAAAUGGCAGAAAUGCCUUUACAUUAAUAUUUAUUUACUUCAUCAAAUGAGUAACAUAAUGUCAUUGUUGUCAUUUUGUAUGUGUGUAUACAACUAUAUGCCCAUAUGUUUUGCUAGUGAUGUUUUCCAAACCCCCUCUGUCUGUGUGGUUGUGUGUGUACAGGAGCAGUGCCAGCUGAUCUGGGACAUCAAGGACAAGCUGAGGCAGUUCUGUUCCACCAAUGACAUGAAGGAGCUGCUCAUCGCCAACGGACAGGAAGUGCCCUCUGGAGAGUCCAAUGUAAGGAGGCUCACUAUGUGUCUGUCUGUCUCAGUAGCUGUCUUUCUCUAUAUCUGUCAGUUUCUGUGUCUCGUUUAACUGUGUAAAAGUGUGUAUUUUGUGUGUCUGGGUGAUGGGUCAAACAGCCAGUCAAAUAGUAUGUUGUUUGAUUGACAGGUGGUGGACAGCCUAGGAGACUGCAUGGCCUUUGGCGCUCUGAAGCCCUGCGAGGAGUGCAAGGGUCAGCUGGUGUUCAAGAGCGACGCCUACUACUGCACUGGAGACAUCUCCGCCUGGACCAAGUGUGUGUUCAAGACCCAGCUGCCCAACCGCAAGGACUGGGUCACCCCCAAGGUAGGCCCCCUUCUUUGGUGUCAGAGUGUCUGUAGAGCUUGAUGUUCAUCUUCGCUGCUGCUACUCGCUGUUUAUUAUCUGUGCAUAGUCACUUUACCCCUACCUACAUGUACAUAUUACCCCGACUAACCUGUACCCCCACACAUUGACUCGGUACCGGUACCCCCUGUUUAUAGCCUUGUUAUUGUUAUUUUAUUGUGUUUCUUUUUUUUACUGUAGUUUUAUUUAGUCAAUAUUUUCUCAACUCUUAUUUCUUAACUGCAUUGUUGGUUAAGGGCUUGUAAGUAAGCGUUUCACGGUAAGGUCUACACCCGUUGUAUUAGGCGGGUGUGACAAAUAAUAUUUGAUUUAUCUGGGUUGUGUUCAUUAGGGUUAAACAAAGCAAAAGGUUUUGCAACAGAAAACCGAAACAGGCAUUUCUUGUUGGACAACUUCAGAUAGUACCUGCUUCUUUUGGAAUGUUUUCUUCUGUGUCGUGCCUAAUGAAAUCGACAAAGAGCUCAGAUAUAACUCACUAUGCUCUUGUGAAUGCCAAACGCUAACAUCUCCUCCUAAUCUAUUCCCCCCCCCAGGAGUUCCAUGAGCUUCCCUUCUUGAAGAAGUUCAAGUUUAAGCGACAGGACCGGGUGUUCCCCAAGGUGGCCCCCGCCCCUCCCCCAGCCUCCUCUGCAGCCAUCCCCAGUGCCUCCAGUGCUCCCAGUAGACCCAUCCCAGAGGGAGCCCCUGCAGGUAAGCAGAAACCAGUAGGACAAUGUGGUGUAGUGGGACAACUUGUUGGAAUGACUUGAGUCGUUAGAUCUUCUCAUUGCGCUGAAGAAUCUGGUCGAAAUGGAGAAGCCCCUUUUUUGAGUAAAAGAAUACUAAUUUCACUCUAUAUUUUUACUUCUCUAUUCUACAGUGAGUCUUGUUCCAAAGUACGAUGCUAGAAUAUGACCUGCCCCAUUCAUAGUAUUGGAAUGGCCAUUCUACUCAUUCUAAUUCUUUCUAUAUGGGUUCCUCUCCCCUCUCCUCCCAUGUAGACAAGCCUUUGACAGGGAUGAAGUUGCUGACUGUGGGCAAGCUGAGACAGAACAAGGACGAGCUGAAGACUGCCGUGGAGGAGCUGGGCGGGAAGAUCACCGGCACAGCCAAUAAGGCUACUCUCUGCCUCAGCACCAAGAGUGAGUAGCUAAUCAAUCAGAGGGGGUCGUUGGAUUCACCUUUUGCUCACCCUUACAGUAACAAAUAACACAUAUUUUCAGAAGGAUAGAUUGGAUUUCUUUGUAUUCCCUAGUUCGACAUCUUUGCUGUGCUCUUUUUCUCGCAGAGGAGGUGGAGAAGAUGAGUAAGAAGAUGGAGGAGGCGGAGGAGGCGGGCGUGCGCGUGGUCUCCGAGGACUUCCUCACUGACAUCAAGUCCUCGGGCAAGGCCCUGCAGGAGCUGGUUUCCCUGCACGCCAUCUCCCCCUGGGGGGCCGAGAUCAAACUAGAGACCCAGGCUCAGGCAGCGGCCUCCAGGUCUGGAGCCGUGGCUGGCAAGAGCACCAGGAGGGUGAAGGAGGAGGAAGGUACAGAAUCGGAUGUAGCAUUGAUGAGUAACUUAACUGACUGUUAUGGUAGAGUAUUUCGUUUUUACAGGCUGCUAUGCUAAAGAGUAUGGCAGUUGGGUCAAUUUCACUUUUGCAGUUGUAACACAAUCUCAUUUCUGCUUUUUCAGGUGUUAGCAAGGCCAGUAAGAAGAUGAAGCUUACUGUGAAAGGAGGGGCAGCAGUGGACCCAGACUCAGGUCUAGAGAACAGUGCUCAUGUCCUGGAUCAGAACGGCAAGAUCUUCAGUGCUACGCUAGGUCUGGUGGACAUUGUCAGGGGAACCAACUCCUACUACAAACUACAGCUGCUGGAGGACGAUGUGCAUAAACGGUUAGUCUAUCCUUCGGGUAUAAGGAUCCUGAAAGGGUGCCACUUUCUCUCUUCCUCUCUCCCUCUCUCUUUAUCCUCCCCCAUUCACCACUCCUCUUCCCCUGGCUACUCUCUCUACUUUGCCUGUAUUUCUCUUCUUCUUUCUCCCUUACUUCUGUCCUGUCCCCAUUCCUGCUCAUCUCACCCUUCUCUCUUUCCUCUCCCUCUGUCUCUCCUUACCUCUGUCUUUCUCCUCUGUGUGUAGGUACUGGGUGUUCCGCUCCUGGGGCAGAGUGGGCACCACCAUUGGGGGCAAUAAGCUGGAUAAGUUCCAUGAUAAGAACUCUGCCAUGGACAACUUCCUGGGUGUGUAUGAAGAGAAGACCGGCAACGCCUGGGGCUCUUCCCACUUCACCAAGUACCCCAACAGGUUCUACCCUCUGGAGAUCGACUACGGACAGGUACAGCUAGAACACACAGACGCACACACUGCUCAAGCUAUGAAAUCAGCUACAAGGACUGUUUGUGUUCAUAUUUAAGAAACCUGUUGUGCAUUUGACUUGACAGGCCUACUUUUAAUUGAGAAUUGUAUACUGUGGACUUCACCGGUUGGUCCUGAUUGGCCCAUCCUGUCUCUGUCCCAUAUCUGAUUGGUUGUUUUCCCCACCAGGAUGAGGAGGCGGUGAAGAGGCUGACAGCCAGUGCUGGCACAAACUCUCUGCUGGCCAAGCCUGUCCAGGAACUCAUCAGGACCAUCUUUGACGUGGAGAGCAUGAAGAAGGCCAUGGUGGAGUUUGAGGUGGGUACUGAGUUAGUGCAGAGUGUGUUGGUUUUUCUCAAUGUGUAUUUUUGUCAAAAUCUGACCCACAUUUACCCCUCUUAUUUCUCUUCAUUGAGAAUGAGUCAUUCAUCUUUUGUCUUUCCUGUCAGAUUGACCUUCAGAAGAUGCCCCUGGGGAAGCUGAGUAAGAGGCAGAUCCAGAGUGCCUAUGCCCUCCUCAGUGAGGUGCAGCAGGCUGUAUCGGACAGUUCCUCAGAGUCCCACAUUCUGGACCUGUCCAACCGCUUCUAUACCCUCAUACCUCACGACUUUGGCAUGAAGAAACCACCACUGCUCAGCAACCUGGACUACAUUCAGGUGAGGGCACCUGUGUUCUGUCUCACGCUCAUCCUCUCAAUCAAUCAAUCAAAUGUAUUUAUAAAGCCCUUUUUACAUCAGCAGAUGUCACAAAGUUCUAUACAGAAACUGAGCCUAAAACACCAGAGAGCAAGCAAUGUAGAUGUAGAAGCACGGUGGCUAGGAAAAACUCCCUAGAAAGGCAGGAACCUAGGAAGAAACCUAGAGGAACCAGGCUCUGAGGGGUGGCCAGUCCUCUUCUGGCUGUGCCGGGUGGAGAUUAUAAGUGCAUGGCCAUUAAGGCCAGAAGUUCUGGCCUUAAUGGCUCUCUCCCAUAAGCAAGAGAACUGGAAUUGAGACUUGAGUGUUACUAUUGUCAGAACUCCAGCUCUAAGUGGAACAGUCAGUCAAUUCUCCUGAGGUACUUGAACCAAAGGAGUCUAGUUUAGUUUAUUUCUAAACUCUUCAGUAAGUGAUGGUAGAUGUUUUUAACCCUUUGUGUCCCACUACCGUCCAGGCUAAGGUCCAGAUGUUGGACAACCUGCUGGACAUUGAGGUGGCCUACAGUCUGCUGAAAGGAGGGGCUGAGGAUAACAAGAAGGACCCUAUCGACAUCAACUACGAGAAACUCAAAACCAAGAUUGAGGUACAGGAGGGCCUGGUGGUUUUCCAGUGCAACUCUCUAUUGUAAAUACAGUGCUCUAAAAGUUAUGAACUAUGAAUGUGUUGUAUUUGUCAUCCACCUUGCAGGUUGUUGACAAGACCACAGAGGAGGCAGAGAUCAUUCUGAAAUACGUCAAGAACACACACGCUGCUACACACAACACCUACACACUGGAAGUUGAGGAGGUAAGAUUUUCGUGAGAAAAGCACACAUAUGCAUUCAUGCUACACACAUCACAACUGCUGCUACCAGACUCUUAUUAUGACUGCUAAAUACUGCACAAUUUAAAUACUUGCCCCCAAAUCCCACCUUCCCAAAAACACAUGUAAAUAUUGGACUAUAAAUUGUGCCUUCCUGUAUUAUACUUAUGCUAAAAUGUUUAUUCUAUUCUACUGAGACAUUUUACUCUUCGUAUUCUUAUCUUUUAAUAUUUCUUACUGUUGUAUUGUUGAGAAGGAACCUGCAAGUAAGCAUUUCUUUGGACUGUGUAUACCAUGUGUAUCCCUUACGACUAAUAAACCGUUACAUUUCUGUGGUGUCUCGCUUCCGCCCUCUCAGAUCUUCAAGAUCGUUAGGGAGGGAGAGUACCAGAGGUACCGCCCAUUCCAGGAUCUGCCCAAUCGCCAGCUUCUGUGGCACGGUUCUCGUGCCACCAACUACGCUGGUAUCCUAUCUCAGGGUCUGCGCAUCGCCCCUCCUGAAGCCCCCGUGGUGAGUGUCCACCUCAUACUACAGCACCAGCUAAUGCUUGGGAUGCAUAGUGGAAGUUCCUCCUUUGUUUUUUAUUAUAGCUGGUCAACAUGGGAAUAUUUUUAGUACUUGUUGACAUGGUCUUGUAUGUAUUAUUUUGUAUGCAUUCCAUAUUUAUCAUUAUAUGGCAAAAGCUCCGGUUCAAAUUCAGCUUUACUACGUUGUGACAUUUGAAAAACGCUCACGAUGUUGUCUUGAUACAUUCCAGACGGGUUACAUGUUUGGCAAAGGUGUGUACUUUGCAGACAUGGUGUCCAAGUCGGCCAACUACUGCCACACCUCCCAGUCUGACCCUACUGGCCUACUUCUACUGGGAGAGGUCGCCCUGGGAAACAUGUGAGUGACAGCUCAUGUUCUUAGAAUCCUUUUAAUAUUCCAUAUUCUCUUCAAUGUUAACUAUCGUUAUUGAUAUUUGUUAAUUUUUUGGUAUAGGCAUGAACUGAAGACUGCCUCGCACAUCACAAAACUACCCAAGGGUAAACACAGCGUGAAAGGUAAGGCGAUUUUAGAUCAUAUUUAAAUAAUUGAAAAGGCCGUAUGCAAUCAUGCAAUAUUUAGACACAUUUAUAUUAUAGUAACUUACUUGGCACUUAACUCAUUAUUUUCUUCCUUCUCUCCCUGUUAGGUUUGGGUCGAAACGCCCCAGAUCCUAGUGCCACUGUCACUUUAGACGGGGUGCAAGUGCCUCUGGGAAAAGGAACCAACACCAACAUCGACGACACGAGUCUGCUGUACAAUGAGUAUCCUUUUCUCCCUCUGAGGGCCUGGGCCUGUCUUCUGAAUCCCUCUGAGGGCCUGGGCCUGUCUUCUGAAUCCCUCUGAGGGCCUGGGCCUGUCUUCUGAAUCCCUCUGAGGGCCUGGGCCUGUCUUCUGAAUCCCUCUGAGGGCCUGGGCCUGUCUUCUGAAUCUGAGUCUUAUACUUUUGCCCAUUUUCAUCCAAGUGGGUUUGUGCACUGCCUUUUCAAUAGAAUUUAAAACCAUCUCUACUACAUUGUUGAGGUUGAGAGAUAGAUACAGUGAGGGGAAAAAAGUAUUUGAUCCCCUGCUGAUUUUGUACGUUUGCCCACUGACAAAGACAUGAUCAGUCUAUAAUUUUAAUGGUACGUUUAUUUGAACAGUGACAGACAGAAUAACAACAAAAAAAUCCAGAAAAUCGCAUGUCAAAAAUGUUAUAAAUUGAUUUGCAUUUUAAUGAGGGAAAUAAGUAUUUGACCCCUCUGCAAAACAUGACUUAGUACUUGGUGGCAAAACCCUUGUUGGCAAUCACAGAGGUCAGACGUUUCUUGUAGUUGGCCACCAGGUUUGCACACAUCUCAGGAGGUAUUUUGUCCCACUCCUCUUUGCAGAUCUUCUCCAAGUCAUUAAGGUUUCGAGGCUGACAUUUGGCAACAGCUCCCUCCACAGGUUUUCUAUGGGAUUAAGGUCUGGAGACUGGCUAGGCCACUCCAGGACCUUAAUGUGCUUCUUCUUGAGCCACUCCUUUGUUGCCUUGGCCGUGUGUUUUGGGUCAUUGUCAUGCUGGAAUACCCAUCCAUGACCCAUUUUCAAUGCCCUGGCUGAGGGAAGGAGGUUCUCACCCAAGAUUUGAUGGUACAUGGCCCCGUCCAUUGUCCCUUUGAUGCGGUGAAGUUGUCCUGUCCCCUUAGCAGAAAAACACCCCCAAAGCAUAAUGUUUCCACCUCCAUGUUUGACGGUGGGGAUGGUGUUCUUGGGGUCAUAGGCAGCAUUCCUCCUCCUCCAAACACAGCGAGUUGAGUUGAUGGCAAAGAGCUCGAUUUUGGUCUCAUCUGACCACAACACUUUCACCCAGUUCUCCUCUGAAUCAUUCAGAUGUUCAUUGGCAAACUUCAGACGGGCCUGUAUAUGUGCUUUCUUGAGCAGGGGGACCUUGCGGGCGCUGCAGGAUUUCAGUCCUUCACGGCGUAGUGUGUUACCAAUUGUUUUCUUGGUGACUAUGGUCCCAGCUGCCUUGAGAUCAUUGACAAGAUCCUCCCGUGUAGUUCUGGGCUGAUUCCUCACCGUUCUCAUGAUCAUUGCAUCUCUACGAGGUGAGAUCUUGCAUGGAGCCCCAGGCCGAGGGAGAUUGACAGGUCUUUUGUGUUACUUCCAUUUGCGAAUAAUGGCACCAACUGUUGUCACCUUCUCACCAAGCUGCUUGGCGAUGGUCUUGUAGCCCAUUCCAGCCUUGUGUAGGUCUACAAUCUUGUCCCUGACAUCCUUUGGUCUUGGCCAUGGUGGAGAGUUUUUGGAAUCUGAUUGAUUGCUUCUGUGGACAGGUGUAUUUUAUACAGGUAACAAGCUGAGAUUAGGAGCACUCCCUUUAAGAGUGUGCUCCUAAUCUCAGCUUGUUACCUGUAUAAAAGACACCUGGGAGCCAGAAAUCUUUCUGAUUGAGAGGGGGUGAAAUACUUAUUUCCCUCAUUAAAAUGCAAAUCAAUUUAUAAAAUGUUUGACAUGCGUUUUUCUGGAUUUUGUUGUUGUUAUUCUGUCUCUCACUGUUCAAAUAAACCUACCAUUAAAAUUAUAGACUGAUCAUUUCUUUGUCAGUGGGCAAACGUACAAAAUCAACAGGGGAUCAAAUACUUUUUUCCCUCACUGUACGUAUCCUGUUAUCAAGACAAGAGUUCACAACCCUUUGUUGUAUUUCUGCUUUAGGAAUGUAUCUUGCAUCGAAUAUUAUGCCAUGCCCCCACACUGUUCCCUAGUCCCUAUUUCCCUUAACCUCGCCUCCUCCAGAUACAUUGUGUAUGACGUGGCACAGGUGAACCUGAAGUACCUGCUGAAGAUCAAGUUCAACUACCAGAUGUCCCUGUGGUGAAGAGGGUUGUAAUUGACCACCACCGGCUCUCCAGAAAGAUCCAGCUGACCACCCACCGCUUCCAGCACCCACCCCACAACAAAGGAAAUGUUUUGCCCCAGAGUAAAGACCUUCCCAUCCUAAUAACAUUGUUCUGUUUACAUUCGGUAGUUUAAAAUCCUAGCCACUAUACACAUGGCUUAUUGCAAUAGCGGAUAGCCUUAAAUAGGAUAGAUGUAUUGGCUUUGUUUUAUGCACCUUAGUACCGGUUUCAGACGAUACUAGGUUGGUAUUGGUUUCUAAGACUGUGGAUCAUGAGGUCAGAGUUCACCCAAUCAGGAAUGCAGAAUUGAGGCACCUGUGGAAAUAGAUGGUCAUUGAAAGACAAGAAAAGCAAUAAUAUAACCACUGGUCUAUACAUUUGUUUUUGUUUCUUUACUUGUGUACCCAUAGUCCUAGGUAGUAUUUGAGGUAAAAGCAAUGCUCUGUUUUAUAUAUAUAUAUAUUACUCUUUAAAAACGGCAAUUUUGCAUCUAUGGUCAGUUUCAAGGGUUUCAACGGUUUCAACGGGUGUAAUGAGAUGUUUCCCAAUGAGUCAUUUCUCUUCACCCAGUCCAGUCCAUUCCGGACAAAAGGUAUUGGUUGGUAAAUAUGCACACCCUGUGAACACAUACAAACCAUGGCUGACACUUAACUAGAACUUACUAGUAAUAGAACUGUUAAGAUAAAUACUUUGUAGACUGUUCAUAAGGAGUCAAUACUAAGUUUGACCUGUAUAAUAUGCUUUGUUUUUUUUCAGUCUCUAUCUGUCUUUGUCAAGGUUGAUUCCGUAAAAACAAGGUUUGUGCUGACAGCAUUUAGACCACGUAUUCUGUAAAAUAAAUGUUUGACUUGGAGUGUUGAGAGAUGGUUGGUUUUGUUCUAUCCAGGGUAUUUUUUCCACCACUCAGAAUAAAGCAUUUUGUUAAUCUUACCUUCUUACAAGUGGCCGCUUUGAACUCCUGUAUUUCCAUUGUCUAAAUUACAAAUAUAGUUUGUUUCCACCCCCAUUAUUUGCAGAUAAUGACGAUAAGUCUGAGGAAAUGUAUUUCCCUUGUGCAGGGCCAACCCAUCAGAUGGCAUUCUUGUCAUUACUUACUUUAUGAUGUCUGGAGAAUUCAUGUUGGGACCUAAUUUGUCAUAAAACACACCCCCAGUUGUCCCACUUACCGGUACUUCAUUUGGGUGUGUCCUCUGAGCCCUGUGUGACAUAAGGGAGGGGGGAGGGGGAACAGAUUUGUAUUUGCUUUGCCCUUCGCUCUGCUGCUAAUACAGGACUAAUAAAGGCCCA